CAGGAUUGUUGACAAUCCAGCUAACUAGCUAAUGCUAGGUGGCAUGAUAUUUUACUGAGAAUUAGUCAAUUAUUUUGGUCAUAAUGAGUUCUCCGGAGGACAGACAUGGGAUGAAGCGACCCGCAUCUCCAGAUGACGAUGGAUCCACUCAGUGGUCAUCAGCUGAUCUGGGAAGCAACGAGAGGAAGCAGAAGUUUUUACGGUUAAUGGGCGCUGGCAAGAAAGAACCCACUGGACGUCUUGUCAUUGGCGACCACAAGUCGACGUCCCACUUCCGCAGUGGCCAGGAAGAUAGGAGGAUGAACGAGCAGCUGGAGAUGCAGUAUCAGCAGGGCAUGGACGGGAAGCUGUCGGGUCGGAACCGGAGACACUGCGGCCUGGGUUUUAGUGAGCCAGAGCCAGAGUCAGAUCCUUCGCUUCCACUGGAGAACCAGACAAAAGCAACUGAGCCGGAGAAGUCUACUGAUGAAAAAGAGUCCUCUGAUGAAAAAGAGUCUGCUGAUGAAAAAGAGCCUACUGAGAGCGAGGACGAAGAAGAAGACAGCGAUGAACAGAGCUCAGACGAGGCUAAGCCCAGCUCAAACAGUCAGAAUAAAGAACGGAAACACGGAUACAAAACGGCUUUUGUGAAGUCUGCAUAGGGUUGAGGGGGGUGGACAGGGAAGAUUUUUUUUUUUUUGUAAUCUGAAAUUUGUACAUUUUGACGUUAUUUGUUUACCUAUAGGCGAUCCUCCAUCAGUUUAGUCCUUUUUACUGUGUAGAAAUGGGUCUCCUCUUUGGGCUUUGGGCUCCCGGUGUGCAUGUCAAAGAAUCAUGUCUGCUUUUGGUUAUGUGGUGUCACUCAAUGUUAAAAUGGCAAAUUAUCCAGUUUUUAUUUGAACAUUUUAACAGUCACUGCAUUUGCCUUGAAUUGUGUUUAAUGGAACAGGAUUGCUUGCCCUUCAGCAUGAUUGGUACACAUUGUGGAUUCUGUGAUUCUUGAUGGAAAACCAAUAAAAGGAAGUGUCACCAUUGUAA